AAUUUUAUUAGAAGUAAAAUCCAAAUAUAAAAUAGACCGAGUUGGGUCGUGUCCAGUGAGUUGUGUGGAUUCCUGAGCGAGUGGGAGUAGUGUAUCUCAUCAUCCAAGAUUCCAAUCUCUCUCCGCCCUCUUCUGGAUCAAGAAAAAUGGAUCAUAUGAUAACCUAAUUUUAGAACGUUUUGGGGGAAAUUACGUGAAGAGUCCUCCAUCUUUUUCUCAAUUUCAUUGCAAAGUUUCGAAAUUGACAACCAUAGAUCUGAAAAUCCGAACUCAACGAUAUGAAAUUUCUGAACUUCAAAGCCCUAACGCUCGCAUUCGCAUUCAAUCGAUCUAUUCAAAUGUCGAUUUGUGUUGAUUGAUAAGUGAUCUUUAUCAUCAGAUCGACGAAACUUCACAAUCUCACAUUAAAAACAACAAUGUCGUCGAAUUCGGACCACCAGACCCAUCAUGACCGUUCUUUUGUUUCUAAUCAGCAACAUCAAUCUACGGCUGUGAUUGUUCCACCGCCGUGCUCUCAUUUGGCGGAGUUCAAGGCUGGUCGAGGGGUGGCGGCGUUUGGUAAGUUACUGGAAUGCAUUCAAGUGAGGCCGCUGGGACGCGCCUCUGUGCGGAGACAAGCUAAUGAGAUCUUCCAUUGCGGCGCGUGUGGACAAUUGUCACUGCGGCUCUACGCGUGCGUGUCGUGUCCUGCUAUUGUUUGUGAGAUACACGCGCCGGAUCACGAGCACGAGAUCUCCAUCGACGUGGAUCGAGCGGAGCUGUUCUGUCGUUCGUGCGGGGACCAGGUAUACGAUCGCGAUUUCGAUUCAGCAAUCGUCUUGUCGCAGUCGGCGGCAGCGACACUAGGCGGAUGUAACUCGCUUUGCGCACCACCACCGGAGAAUCUAAGAAAGCGUCGGCGCGUGGAUUAUCGUCCUUGGACCCCUGAUUCAAGAGAACGCGCAUUGUUAGGGAGCAACUCAACCUUGUUGCCGGGAAACGACGAAGAUACAUCUUCGAAUUGGAACUUUCCUGUGGGAUUAAAAGGGCUAAACAAUCUUGGAAACACUUGUUUUAUGAACUCUGUAUUGCAGGCGUUGUUGCACACACCUCCACUGCGGAAUUAUUUCCUGAGCGAUCGACACAACCGGUUCGUUUGUCAACAGAAGAAUGGAGCUCACGAACGAAAGAAUAAAAAUCCACAGAGGCUGUGUUUAGCCUGUGAUACAGAUGCGUUGUUUUCUGCUGUGUUUUCUGGUGAUCGGAAACCCUAUAGCCCUGCAAGGUUCUUAUACAGUUGGUGGCAGCACGCAGGAAACCUGGCAAAUUAUGAAAUGCAGGAUGCUCAUGAGUUCUUCAUUUCCAUGCUUGAUGGGAUCCAUGAAAAGGUGGAGAAAGAUGAGAAGAAGUCUCAUAGUCAAGGUAGUGGAGAGUGCUGUAUCGCGCAUCGUGUAUUCUCGGGAAUCCUACGUUCGGAUGUCAUGUGCACGGCAUGUGGGUUCACCUCCACCACAUACGACCCAUGCAUAGACAUCUCACUGGAUCUCAUCCCUCCGGAACCUUCCGGAAGAAACACAAACACAAACACAAAAACAAAAACAAAAAUAGACUCCCAACUAACACCAACACUAGUCGGUUGUCUAGACCAGUUCACCCGACCAGAACGGUUAGGAUCGGAUUCAGACCAGAAAUUCUUCUGCCAACGAUGUAAAAUCCGACAAGAAUCCUUAAAACAAAUGUCCAUAAGAAAACUCCCAUUAGUCUCGUGUUUCCACAUAAAAAGAUUCGAACACUCCCCUGUUAAAAAACUGUCACGAAAAGUCGACAGAUACAUGCAGUUCCCGUUUUCUUUAGACAUGUCUCCGUAUUUGUCUUCGUCUAUUUUGAGGGGUAGAUUUGGAAAUCGGAUAUUUGCGUUUGAUGGGAGUGGGAAUGAGAAUGAGGAACAGGAUUUCAGUUCUGAGUUUGAGUUGUUUGCGGUUGUGACACAUACGGGGAAACUUGAUGCAGGACAUUAUGUGACGUAUUUGAGGUUGAGUAAUGAGUGGUAUAAGUGUGAUGAUUGUUGGGUGACUAGGGUUAAUGAGAGUAUUGUCAGGGGUGUUCAAGGGUAUAUGAUGUUUUAUGUUCAGAAAAUGCUUUUUUAUAAAGCGACUGACAAAAUCUGAUUUUCUUUUUUCUUGUUUCCAACUAUAUAAUGUAUGUGGUCGAGUCGGGUGUUGUGUUUUUUUAUGAGAUGUUGCAACAACACUUGAACCUGAAUAUAGUUGGCCGUUUCUUUUGGUGAUACUAAUCAAAUUUUACCUUUGGUUGGUUA